GGGGACAGCCUAGUUGGCGAGGGAUGGCCUCCCCUGACCCGUGUGGCCCACACACUGGGUAACUGGGGCCUGGUGCUCGCCUCGGAUCCCGGGCAGGAAGUGGGGCAUCAAGGACUCUGUGUCCUGUGUCAGCAUGGCCUGCUCUGCUGCAGGCACCUGCGCUGGUGCCCACAAGGCUGCAGCAGUCGGGCCAGGCUGGGUCAGGCGAGCAGCAGACCAGACGGGGGGUUCCACAAGGACAGGAGAGGACAGGUGCCAACCCUAUCAGAACCCCAUCUUGCCCACCUGGGUCAGGCUCCAGUGGCCAGGCAGGUGCUGUGGUGGAGCUCACCACCUAGCAUGGGCAGCCCCGGCCUCCCAAGGACCAGGGCUGGGACACAGAGCGGGCCACAGGGCUGGACUUGCGCAUAAGCUUCCCGAGGAGCUGGCAAGGACGCUGGGUGGCCAACGCCACACACUCUGAGGGCUGCUGGCUUAAGCACUGAGCUCCUCCUGGCCCCCAGAGGAGGUAGGAGGAUUAUGCACCGGCCCCCUCGGCCUGCCCAGCCUCUGCCGUCAGUGUCACCCACCUCUGAGCUGCCCUUGAUCCCUGGAUCUGGGUCAGGCUGGGAUGGAGGCCCCAGAGUACCUGCCCCAGGUCUCCCAGAGCCAAGGCAGCCAAGCCUUCAGCCUGGCUCCCUGGGGCAAAGAGGACAGGGUAUCCGGAGGCUGGCGCAUCCCUGGGGACCCAGGCCCGGCGGGAGAGAUGCCCACGGCCUGGUGCUGCAGCCCCAGCCAUGGAGGGCCAGCCGCUGGCCCUGAGCUUGGCAGAGAAGGCUGUGUGCAAGGUGGUGUAUGGCACCCUCCGCCCACGCCCACUGCUGCUGCCCGUGGGCCUGGAGCUGUGGCCAUACGUGCAGAAGAUGCGGAACAUGCAGAGGAAGAGGAUGGAGGCCUCGUGCCUGGAGCUGGCUCUGGAGGGUGAGCGGUUGUGUAAGGCGGGCGACUUCAAGGCGGGUGUGGCCUUCUUCGAGGCGGCGGUGCAGGUGGGCACAGAGGACCUGAAGACACUGAGCGCCAUCUACAGCCAGCUGGGCAAUGCCUACUUCUACCUGAAGGAGUACGGCCGUGCCCUGCAGUUCCACAGACAUGACCUGCUGCUGGCCCGGACCAUUGGCGACCGCACUGGGGAAGCCAAGGCCAGCGGGAACCUGGGCAACACACUCAAGGUCCUGGGCAGAUUCGAUGAGGCUGUCGUCUGCUGCCAGCGGCACCUGGACAUUGCCCAGGAGCAGGGGGACAAGGUCGGGGAGGCCAGGGCGCUGUACAACAUCGGCAACGUGUACCACGCCAAGGGCAAGCAGCUGUGUUGGAGCUCGGCGCAGGACCCUGGGCGCCUCCCGCCCGACGUGCGCGAGACGCUGUGCAAGGCCUCAGAGUUCUACGAGAGGAACCUGAGCCUGGUGAAGGAGCUGGGUGACCGAGCAGCCCAGGGCCGGGCUUACGGCAACCUGGGCAACACCCACUACCUGCUGGGCAACUUCACGGAGGCCACGACCUUCCACAAGGAGCGCCUGUCCAUCGCUAAGGAGUUCGGGGACAAGGCAGCUGAGAGGAGGGCCUACAGCAACCUGGGCAACGCGCACAUCUUCCUGGGGCGCUUCGAUGUGGCUGCCGAGUACUACAAGAAGACGCUGCAGCUGUCACGGCAGCUGCGGGACCAGGCGGUGGAGGCGCAGGCGUGCUACAGUCUCGGCAACACCUACACGCUGCUGCGGGACUACGAGCGAGCAGCCGAGUUCCACCUGCGGCACCUGCUCAUCGCCCAGGAGCUGGCCGACAGGGUGGGCGAGGGCCGAGCGUGCUGGAGCCUGGGGAAUGCGUACGUGUCCAUGGGGAGCCCGGUGCAGGCCCUGGCCUUCGCCAAGAAGCACCUGCAGAUCUCCCAGGAGAUCGGGGACCGCAAUGGGGAGCUGACGGCCCGAAUGAACAUUGCGCAGCUGCAGCUGGCGCUGGGCCCGCUGAGCAGCCCGGCGGCCACAGAGAAGCUGGACCUGGCCGGCUACGAGGCCCAAGGGGCCAGGCCCAAGAGGACACAGAGGCUGAGCAUGGAGGCCUGGGAUCUGCUGCGGUUGCCCCCGGAGCGGGAGCAAAAUGGAGACACCUGCCACAGCGGGGACUGGCGGGGGCCUGGCAGGGACUCGCUGCCCCUCCCUGUGAGGAGCCGGAAGUACCAGGAAGGGCCGGAUGCCACCGAGAGGAGGCCUCGGGAGGGCACCCAUUCUCCGCUGGACAGUGCCGAUGUCCGUGUGCAGGUGCCCCGCAUGAGCAUCCCGAGGGCCCCGUCCUCCGACGAGGAGUGCUUCUUCGACCUGCUGAGCAAGUUCCAGAGCAGCCGCAUGGAUGACCAGCGCUGCCCGCUGGAGGAGGGCCAGGCAGGGGCGGCCGAGGCCACAGCCGCUGGCUCGCUGGAGGAGAGGGUCGCCCAGCCGUCCAUGACAGCCUCCCCACAGACCGAGGAGUUCUUCGACCUCAUCGCCAGCUCCCAGAGCCGCCGGCUGGAUGACCAGAGGGCCAGCGUGGGCAGCCUGCCUGGCCUGCGCAUCACCCACAACAAUGUGGGCCACCUCCGCGGUGAUGGGGACCCCCAGGAGCCAGGGGACGAGUUCUUCAACAUGCUCAUCAAGUAUCAGUCCUCCAGGAUCGAUGAUCAGCGCUGCCCACCCCCUGAUGUGCUUCCCCGGGGCCCCACCAUGCCAGAUGAGGACUUCUUCAGCCUCAUCCAGAGGGUGCAGGCCAAGCGCAUGGACGAGCAGCGUGUGGCUCUCACCGGGAGCCAGGAGCAGGAGGCCAGCGGGCCGCCCCAGCCCCCCCAGCAGUGCCAGCCAGGUGCCAGCUAAGGCCGCGCACCCCACCUCUGGACGCUGGGGAGUGCCCUCACCACCCACACUGGGACAGCCCAGGAAGCCAGGGCUGAGGGCCACUUCGAGCCCUCUAGCCCUUCCUGUUGAGCCGACACCAGGCACACGGCCCCCCAGCAACCCCUCCCUGGGCUGCUCAGCCUGGAGCUGCCCACCGUCCUGGCUUCCUGCAGGCCUGGCCCUGCCUUGCCCUGCCCUGCCCCAGCCAGGCCCUUGGCAUGUGGCCCUGACCCCGGUGCUGUCUGGACCCCUCUUGGACUCCGCUAUGCCCAGCCAAAUGUGAAUCCCGCCAUCUCCCCAGGGCCCACGUGGGGGUCUGGGAAGACCUCUCGGGGCUGCCAGCAAUACAGGCAGCUUGUCCCCAGCUGGUCCUGGAGGACAGUGCUGUCCAGGCUCCUGUCCCCUCUGUCUCCCUGCUCCUAACCAGCUGCUGGAGGAGCCAGGCAGUACAGGGGGCCCAGCAUUGGCAGCCUGGCAUGGCAGUGGGACAGGCAGGUCCUGCCCUGGGCCCUGUCCACAAGGUAGACACAGGGCACGAACUCCAAGCCCCCAUCCCACCCUGGAGCCGACAGGCCUGGUCCUGGGGUGCCAGCUUACAGCAAGUGCCACACCCACUUGGUGUGGGCGAUGGCUCAACUCAACCCUGGGGACCCCAUGAGCACCUGCCCCUCACCAGCUGAGGGGGGGUCCAGGCUGUGGCACCAAGCCAGGGACCCCAAGAUUUGGGGACCAUGGCUACCCACUCUCCCAGACCCCUGCCAGCUCUGGGGUACACACAGCCCCUCAGUCCCAAGGGCAUGUGGCAACCACAAGGUUCCCAACCCCGGGCACAGAGAGGUUUGAGGGCCAGCCCUGCCAUCAGCAUGGGGACCCCGCUUCUAAGAGUGGGCAACCCUGGGGCUUCUGGCAGGGCGCCUGAUACUUGAAUGUACGUGUGUAUUUAUUGCUCACUCUCAUGUGCCAUGUCAUCCAUGGGUUCACACCCCCCCCCCAAGAGGUACGUCUGCUUUUGGUUUUCCUGAAAAAUAAAGUUUGCCAAGUGA